AUGCAGACACCUGUUACUAACAGUUGCAGCUAUAAAAUUCAGAAACUGCCCAAAUUGUGCCGGAUGGAGGCUGAUGGAGGACCUUGCAGGAGUUAUCUAAAAAGAUAUGCCUUUAACUUGAGCUCGAUGAGGUGUGAGGAGUUCAUCUACGGUGGCUGCUAUGGAAAUGGCAACAACUUCAGAGAUUUGCAGUCUUGUGUGGACCACUGUCUACCGGAGAAAACUGGUCCCUUGCUAUGCUAUAGCCCAAAGGAUGAAGGAUUGUGCUCUUCUUCUGUACCUCGCUAUUACUAUGAUGCCAAGACUAAAUCAUGUCAGGAGUUCAAAUACACAGGCUGUGGUGGAAAUGCCAAUAACUUCGUUACUGAAAAGGAUUGCUACAGUGUCUGCAGGAAAGCAGGGACUGAGAAACCAGGCAUCAACAAACCGAUGAAUGUAUUCCGCAGAAAAAUGAUGAGAAAACUGACUAAAAAACCUCAGACGUAUAACCCAAAGUCUUAA